AUGUCAGCUCAGAUAGAAACCUCUUCGGUGCCAUGCCCCUUCCACAAAGAUGAUCAGCUCAACGGUGAUUUGGAUACAUCGCUUGAUUACCUGCCAGGUCAUCCCCGGAUCAAACUUGGCGAUGAAAAAGGGUUGUUUGAUUUCAUUCGCCGCGAAGUCUGGUCAGAGGACCUCGAGUCGAUAUCGGGUAGACUGUGGUGGAUGUCAAAGCAGGAUAGCAGCAAUAUCUCUCCGUUGCAUCGACAACGAGUGAAGGGCCGACAGAUCAUCGUCACCGAGGAUCCUCAGCUACAUCUCGUCUGGAUCGACAACCAAAUCUUCCUUAAACCCCUUCCCCAAUACAUCACGUCCUUCGUAUUCUGGGAUACGUUCAUGAGCGAUCCGUCUAAACAUGGUGCGGCGGUGAAGCUGAGAAAGGCCGCGCUCGGGUAUCUGCGAACGUAUUUCUACCUGAUUCAGUAUGAAUCAGAUCUACGAAUUGCACAAGAUCCGGCUCUCUGCCUGGUUCCUAAAGAGGUGACGUGGCAUCGAUUUUGCCAGUUCACCGCCCGUUUGAAGGACAUCACGGAAAACGAAGUUUCGGGACGAUAUCAUUACGGAGAGAUCCGAUUGACCCGGCUGAACUAUUACGCGCCCAUGCUCCUGGGCAAAAGCCACUACCAACGUGAGAAUUAUCAGUAUCGAGCGUAUUUUGCUCGAAUUCAAGGUCCCUUGAUAUCUGCAUUUGCGUUUUUCUCGAUCGCCCUGAAUUGUAUGCAGGUCAGCCUCGCAGCCUCUACAUCCGAUGAGAGAUAUUCGAGUGCUUUGUUAUUUGCAGCUUGCUACUGGCUCAGCACUUUGAUCGGAUUUGUGACUGGUGUCCUCAUGCUGAUGUUAGUACUCCUUUUCCUUUUCAAAGUGAUCAAAGAGUGGAGAUUUGCGAUAGCUCAUCGGUUACGGUGGAGAAAAAAUCACAGCAAAGAUCAGAGGGCCAUGUGUAACGAGGAACUUGAGUAG